AUGACAAGAAACGCGUUUUUGUUAGGCUCGGACUUGAAUUUUAAGUUCUUAGCAGCCCAAGCAAAGCAAACGUUGAAUCCGCAGGCAUUUAAUGUUCAGCUGCUUUUCAACAAUUCACGGCUGUUCAGGCGAUUUACCGAGGCAGGAUCUACAAUAAAGUAUAUUAACAAAAUGACUCCAGGUAAUCCUGUAGCCAAAGAACUUCAAUUCAAGGCAUUUGAAAAUCUUCCCGACACAACUGGUUUGAAUAUUGACGAUUUGAUAGUAUGCAUGAACACGCUAAAACUAGAAGAACAGAUUCUUCCGUACGCCAGCAGGAUCUCUAAGGAUACGAAUUUAUUAUUUGUGAAUCCACCAUUGGGAGCAAUACAGGCAGCUUUGGAUCAUUUGUGGCCUCGUAGCUCUGAUACCAGGCCAAACGUGUUUCAAGCUGUCACCACGCACGUUUUGUCCAGCUCGUCAAAUUUUGAUGUGAAUCAUAUAAAAGCAGGAAAAUUACUGAUCUCCGCAUAUCCAUCCAAGCAAAGUUUUGAAAGCUUUGCCAGCUCACAGUCUACCUUCUUUCCUGCCGACACAGUUGUCCCUUCUGUAGUGAAAGGGUUAUUGGAUAAUCGCAUACUCCAAGCAACGUAUUGCCCUUUAAAGGACGUUUACCAGGUACAGGUUGAAACAACAGUCGCAGAUUGUUGUCUAAAUGCAUUGGGCCGGCUCCUGAAUUUUGAUCUAGGCUCGCUGGGCUACACAGAGUCGGUUGAGCGUAUCGUUUCCGACAUUGUCGAUGAAUGCAUACAAGUUUUACAAUCCACAAGCCAUUAUCGUGUAUUGCAUCGAUACGACCCGUCAAUGACGCGGCUGCUCAAAAAGGAACGGUUAAUGGUGCUCAUCAAGGAGCUGGUUGAACAGCACGGCUUCAAUCACCAGCAGUCAAUUCCUGGUUAUGCAACCAGCUAUAUUGUCAACUCAGCUAAGCAACAGCGCCAAGCAACCCCCGUCAAUAGCAUGUUGAAUAAUCUGCUCGUAUCCAAGCGCGAACUGGAACACCGAGAAAGUGAGCUACCAUUUGUCAAAUAA